AGGCAGACAAGUUAAUAGACUAAAAAUAAAAGUAACAAACCAAUUACACAAUCAACUUCUCAGAUAGUUUGCAAUGAAGCAGAGGCUGUAACAGUAAGUGUGUCAUGCAGUGUGAGUGAAUGACUCGUGUUCAUCAGCGGAAUAUUACCGCUCCUCGCCGGACUCGAGUUAAGCGCUGCGUUUUUAGACGCGUCAAGUGUUAUAACGACAGCCGUCCCAGCAACAGCAGCAGCGCCGCGAUUCACAUGCACUGACCCAGACAUUUAAACGCGUUCUUCUGGAUAGUUUGUGUCUAUUGAUUAUUCACAUUUACCUCAAGACGGUUCUAAGAAGUUCUGCCUGGAGCCGAAGGGAAAGUCAACAUGCUGGGGAGGAAGAAGAAACCAGAUACAGUUCAGACUGAACCCAAAGCGCACGAGUCAAAAACCCACGAUCCGCUUCGGAGGCUUGGUGUGCUGGACGAUGAAGAUGUGCAGCUGAUGCUGCAGGGGUCAAAGAUGAUGAAGGUUCGAUCUCAGCGUUGGCGGAAAGACAGGAGCCUGAAGCUUCUGGAGGACUGUGUGACGGUGUGGUGUGAGUCCAGCAAAGCCUCCCGCAAAGGCAAAAGCCAGCAGACCUUCUGUGUGACGGAGGUGGAGUGUGUGCGGGAGGGCUGUCAGUCGGAGUGUCUGCGACGAAUGGCAGGUCUGGUUCCAGAGACCCACUGCUUCACUGUGGUCUUCCGCGGAGGAAGGAAAAGCCUGGAUCUGUGCUGCUCUACACAGGACGAAGCAGAGCGCUGGGUUCGAGGCCUCCGCACACUCAAAGACCGUGUUUCCAACAUGAGCCAGAAAGAAAAGCUGGACCAUUGGAUUCGAGGCUAUCUGAGACGUGCAGAUCAGAACCAGGAUGGGAAGAUGAGCUACGAGGAGGUGAAACAUCUACUACAGCUGAUCAACAUUGACCUGAAUGAACAGUAUGCACGCACACUCUUUAAGAAGUGUGAUCGCUCGUGUGAUGGCCGGCUGGAUCACGUGGAGAUAGAGGAGUUCUGCCGUGAGCUGAUGCGCAGGCCGGAGCUGGACGCAGUGUUCAGGCAUUAUUCUGGUAACGGGUGUGUGCUCACCACCUUGGAGCUGAGGGAUUUCCUCGGGGAUCAGGGCGAAGACGCAUCACUGGCCCAUGCAAAGACUCUCAUCCACACCUAUGAGCUCAACGACUGGGCCCGGAAGAAUCUGUUCAUGACCCAGAAUGGUUUCACCAUGCACAUGCUCUCGAAAGAGAAUGAUGUGUUUAACCCGGAUCACGCUCACGUGUAUCAGGACAUGAGCCGACCGCUGGCGCACUACUACAUCUCUUCUUCUCAUAAUACAUACCUCACCAAAGACCAGGUGACCAGCGCCAGCAGCACCGAGCCUUAUAUCAGAGCUCUGCAUCAGGGCUGUCGCUGUGUUGAGCUGGACUGCUGGGAUGGUGAUAAAGGAGAGCCCAUGAUCUACCACGGACACACGCUCACCUCCAAAGUGCUCUUUAAAGAAGUCAUUGAGACCAUCGCUCAGUACGCCUUCAAGACAUCUCCGUAUCCUCUGAUCUUGUCCCUGGAGAAUCACUGCUCGGUGGAGCAGCAGGCGGUCAUGGCGCAGCAUCUUCGCUCUAUUCUGGGAAAGAAGCUCCUGAGAAAGCCACUCAAUGACCUGCCCCUCAAAGACCUACCCUCACCUGAGGAGUUGAUGGGGCGGAUCCUGCUAAAGGGGAAGAAGUUAGGUGGUCUGCUGGGGAAGACUGAAAGCUGGACUAGCUUCUCUUGUAGCUCAGAUGAAGAGUCUACUGCUGGAGGGGGCGGGGACAAAAAGGAAUCUAAAAAAGAUCCUGGGAGGGCUGUGAGCACUAAACUGAGUCCAGAGUUGUCAGAUCUGGUGGUGUACUGUCAGAGUGUGCCCUUCAGUGGUUUCAAGACAGCCAGCCAGAGACCUCCUAGCAUGAUGUCCUCUUUCUCUGAGAAUGAGGCGCUCAAACUCAUCAAAGACUCAGGGAAGCUGUUUGUUCGACACAACAGUCGGCAGCUGAGCAGGGUUUACCCAUCAGGCCAGAGGUUACAGUCCUCCAACUACGACCCCCAGGACAUGUGGAACGGAGGCUGCCAGAUGGUGGCUCUGAACUUCCAGACCCCAGGAGAGCAGAUGGACCUGAACCAGGGCCGCUUUCUGCCCAACGGCCGCUGCGGAUAUGUGCUCAACCCUGACUUCCUGUGUCACCCGAAGUCCAAUUUUGACCCUGAGAACACAGGUGGAGGACCAGGACAUAUACCCACACAGCUUACCAUACGGGUGAUCUCGGCCCAGCAACUUCCUAAAAUAAACACAGACAAUCUCAACUCCAUUGUGGACCCACAGGUCUGGGUGGAGAUCCAUGGAGUUUCCAUCGAUAAGGCUCGUGCUAAAACCCAGCGCAUUGACAACAAUGGUUUCAACCCUCGUUGGGACUGUACUGUGAGCUUUCAGCUGCAGGUGCCUGAACUGGCCUUGGUGCGUUUUAUGGUGGAAGAUCACGACUACAAAUCCAAAAAUGAUUUCAUUGGCCAGUUCACCCUCCCUUUCACCAGCCUUCGAACAGGUUAUCGUCAUGUUCACCUGCUAAAAGUUGACGGCUCUAGUCUUUCUCCUGCCACCCUCUUCAUCCAUGUCAAGGUGGUACGGCGAGGAGUUCCUAUUAAAACCGUCUCUGAGCGCAUAGGCAAGGCCUGAGGCUUCUGUCGUGAUUCCUGGAAAUGUUUAUUUCUGGAAGUACCUUACUGAAGGAGAAGCCCCUGAGCCGGGCUCUCGAGGUGCUGGGACUCUUCAGAAUGAGACCACAUGAAAAAGCAUGUGACAUUGGACUUACAAGCACCACAAUCUGCAGAAAGUCAGUGUAGACGUGUGAUUCAAAGUGCAUUUUGCUUUUUUAUUGUUCAUUUGUGGUGUUGUCUGCACAGCAGAACGUCUAACCGUGUCAUAGAAGUGUUAUAGUGGAAGCUAAAUAUGCUAUGAAGUCAGUAUUGUUUGAAGUUACAAGUCAGUGUUGUUUAUAGAGUCUGUUUCCACUGAGACCGAUUUCUAU